AUGUCAGGUGACCAACAAAAUCAGAACAGAAGCAAAGAAGGUUGUAGAAUUGUUGUUGCUCUUCAAAACGCAGAUAAAAUAAUGAAAGAAAUACAUCAAUCACACAAAGCACUGGAAAAGAACAAUCAAGUAACACCGAUGUCUACACUAUGGCCAGAAAAACAAGUGAAAUAUUUACCAAAUGAAAAAAAGUUAGCAUUGCAGAUGAGGCAGCGCACAUUACCUUUCGUCCUGAAGAGAGAAGAGAAACUAAGAUGUGGCUUUGACUUCAGCUUUCUGCUACAGGAUUCAUGUCCAGAAUAUACCAUUUCAGAAUCACAUAUGGAUUUCUAUGCAUUUCAGACAAUACAAGCACAAAUACAACCAAGGUUAAAUAUAAAAGUGCUAAAAAACAGGAGUAAGAGAACUGAGAAAUUACGGUUUCAUCUGCCACCAGUGAUUUUUCAACCAGUAAGGACAAUUCAGCUCGUUCCUCUAGAAGGCUUCAGCAACAGAAAUAUUGUGAAUAUUAUGCAUUCUAUUCCUCUGCCUCUAAAUACAACUGCUAAAUUUUAUCAGUAUCAAUUAGACAAUCUAUUGCACAAUCAAACAUCAUCAGACCUAACCAAGAUUAGUAUUUCUGAUAAAUUCACUCCAAGAAACUCCUUUGGCAUGGGCAACUGUUGUGAGUAUCCUCAAGACAAGAAAGAAAAAUAUGAAAAGAAAUUAAAAUUGAAGCAAGUUGAUAUAGCUACGAAUGACCUGAUGAGAUACCAGCUUUCAGUUACUUGUAAGAAUGUAGAUAUUGUGGCACAAGACCAGUUUGGAGAUGAUAAUUACCCCUACUUGAUACUGGGUGACACUCAGAUAAACUGUGAACUAUUUACAGCUCUGUAUCCUGUAUCAAAGAAUGCAGACACCUUAAGAGAUAGAAAUAAUGAAAAACUCAUGGAGAAUUCACUUAGAACUGGUGUAAAAGGAGAUGCUACAAGGAUGAUGCCGAAUUCUAGGCCAGAUGAAGAGCCUGAGAGUGUGAACUUUGUGCUUGACAAUCAUGAUUUUGAUUAUUCCUGUACAAAUGAAGUGACAGAUGCUUGCCAUGUCUUAGAAAAGCAGUCCGUAACUGAAAGAAUUCCCAGAGUAGAGGUGCAAAAUCCCCCUGGAAAACAAGCAGAAAAUAGCAUUUGUCUCUCAGAAAUAGAAAAAGAAGAAGUAUCAGAAGUAACUCCAGCAAAAGGCAGAAGUAAACUUGUACCUCUUGUCCAUGUUACACUCUCUGAACGAGAAGCAGCAAGGGAACCACACAUUGCUAAACAACCUCCCCGAAAAAGGAAUGUCAUCCAAAGUCUGCCUCCUCAUGCUAGCCAGAGCUUCAACAUUCUUGCUCGCCAAGAAAAUGACAAAAGUAAAAUAAAGAUAAAUAGAAAUAAAUAUUCAUCUAAGUCUAAGCCAAGGAGCAACAUGUCUGAACAUUUAAUUGUUUCUGAUGAGAGUUCCACAAAAUGUAAUACACACAAGAUGAGUGUCAAGGGUCAGAGCUUGCCGUCUUUAGGGCGGCCACACAUGGAAUCUGAGACUUCUUUGAAGUGUCAAAAAAAGCUCCCUCAAGUAGACAAAUAUCAUUCAGCUCAGAGAGCACAGAAGUCUAAAAAGCAAGGUUUCCCCUGCAGUUGCAGAAAUGCAGUUAUUUUAAAGAAAUCUGCCGUUCCUCUUUCUCUACCAUGUGCACAAUCUGUUUCAGGUUUUGUGGAUCUGAAAUACAGUGACAUGUUCAGGAAAAUAAAUUCAAGUGACAAAGGCCCAGGAAUUUAUGAGAUGUUUGCAACUCCUGUCUAUGCCCACGUGCGUGAACUCGAUCAACAUGAGAGCACAUUUUACAGAGAUGUUUGCUCUGCUCCACCUGGGAGAUGCACUAACACCUGCAAAUCUACCUGCAAUAAAGGAAGAGAGAGCAGCCGUGUAAGAAAUGCUCAAAAGGCAACAUAUUCUAAGCCAAAAAAGACUACUCCUGACACUAAACGAAAGCAGAAAGGCUUAAUUCCAAAAGACCAAAAUAUGGAGCUGAGUGCUAGCAACAUGAAGCAUGAGAGUGUAAUAAUUUCUAGUCCAGAUUGUCCAAUAAAGACGUCAGAAAGCAUAGCACCAUCUCAUGAAGACAAAGGCCUUCAACCUCCAAUUUUAGAGGAGCUUUCCCAAUCAUCUGAACAAAAUAAGUGUUUUUCAAAUUCAAACUUACCAACUAUUAAAGAGGUCUCUUUGGAGCAGUCUCUAGACAUUGAGGAUGUAUCCAGCAGUCAAAUAUUUGCAACCUGUAGUCAGAAUCUUCCUUGGUUCAAUGAUGAAGACUCAGAAAUUGUUGCUGUAAAUAAUUUAUUAACAACAGACCAGAACUCACAUGUCCACCAGUGCAGAGUGGAUUUGGAUAGCUGCAGAGACCUGGAAUCAAAGCAGCCCUCCUGCAAGUCUAUAAAUAAAUGUGAAGCGUUGCCCUUUUCAGACACAUCAGAAUGUCUAUCCCCAUUAAAUCAAAGUUGGACACACGCACCUCAAAAUAGUAAUUUGCCAAAUGAAUUGAUUCAGCCGUCAGUGAUUCAGACAAGAAAUGUUGCAAGCCCUGUUUUCCAGACAAGUCAAAACAUUUCCUCCUGGGCAGAUAGUAAGGACCUGACUGAUGACUCGUUUUAUUGCCUGGCAGCAGAACUGCUAGUGCUUGAUGAAAAAGACAUCAGCUAUUCAAGAAAGAAAAAUACAGGUGUGGAAGUGCAAAAUACACAUGCUAGAGAGGAAGGAAGCCGGGUGAGUGGAGAUGGUGAGACUGCGAACUGUGCUCUAGAGAAGAGUUACAGUGAAGCCUUUUUGGCAUCAAAUGAAGAAAGUGGCCUGCUAAACUUUGAAGAAUCUACUAAAUUAUCUGAAAAUAGUUUGAGUAACAAGGAGCCUAUCUUGUGGACGAGAGGUGAGGUGCUUGGCAAAGGAGCCUAUGGCACGGUGUACUGUGGUCUGACAAGCCAGGGUCAGUUAAUAGCUGUGAAACAGGUUGUUUUGGAUACAUCAGAUCAACAGACUACAGAAAAGGAGUAUCAGAAGUUGCAAGAGGAAGUGGAUCUUUUGAAGACGUUGAAGCACAUUAACAUUGUAACUUAUCUAGGAACUUGUCUGGAAGACAGCACUGUCAGCAUUUUCAUGGAGUUUGUUCCUGGUGGCUCAAUUUCUAGCAUCAUUAAUCGUUUUGGUCCAUUGCCAGAAACGGUCCUUUGUAAAUACACCAAGCAGAUUCUACAAGGGGUCGCCUACUUGCAUGGCAACUGUGUGGUCCACAGGGAUAUCAAAGGCAAUAACGUCAUGCUCAUGCCCAACGGUGUGGUGAAGCUCAUUGACUUCGGCUGUGCCCGCCGUUUGGCUUGGGCAGGCCUCAGCGGCACUCACAGCGAGCUCCUCAAGUCGGUGCACGGCACUCCGUACUGGAUGGCACCAGAAGUUAUUAAUGACUCUGGGUAUGGGAGAAAAUCUGACAUCUGGAGCGUGGGCUGCACUGUGUUCGAGAUGGCAACGGGAAAACCGCCGCUGGCUUCCAUGGACAGGAUAGCAGCCAUGUUCUAUAUCGGGGCCCACAGAGGACUGAUGCCUUCCCUGCCCGAGCGAUUCUCCAGCAUCGCAGCGGAUUUCGUGCACGUGUGUCUCACCAGAGAUCAACAUGAACGCCCUUCUGCUCUGCAGUUGCUGGAACAUCCCUUUGUGAAAGGAAGACAGUGA